UACACUAUCGUGAGAAUUUCACUUUUCCAUAACAAAAGCAAAGGCAGAGCAGGCGGCCUUUGACACUUCCUUUUCGUUUGUUCCAGUUCAACAAAAUCUGUCAAAGUGGAUCUGUUUGGGAUUUCGGACAUGCUCAAAUUUCUGUUAACAUUCGGGGCCGGUGUGUACACUGGUAUAUAUGUCACGCAAAACUUCGAUGUUCCUCGUGUUGAUGAACCAGCAAAACUAUGGGAGAAGACUUCCGAAAAAGUGAAAGAAUUUUUAGAUGAUCAUAAGAAACCUUGAAUAAAUGUUUGUCAUCGCAAGUUUGGAGUGACAUCUUGCAAAAAGUAUUCACUCGGGGAAUAAUUCGUAUACAAAGGCGUUCUUUCAAUGUACUUCACCAAAGCGUAUGAUUUUAUUCGACUCAAAUUGUAUUUCUCAUCGUCAUGAUCAGAGAAAUAUAUUGUUUUCUUUAAAACAACAAA